GGCUCUGCUGCUCUCUUCUUCAGAAUCCUCAGACUUUCAAGUCUUUUGGUUAGUUGAGAGCAACCGGCGCCGCUCUCUCCGCCCCACUUUCUCUCUCAGUCUCUCUCUCUCUCUCUACUUACAGGCCCGGCUCACGUACCUCCUUGCCCUUAGUUUUCGCUUUGCCCGGACGUUGAACUAUCACUACUCUGCUCUGAAUACUUCUCGAACAUGGCAUCUCUGUAAAAGCUUAUUCUUUUUUGGGUCUUUACAAAGUUUUAGACACAGCUUUGAUGAAAAUAGGAGGGAAAAGAAGGUUCUCAAGUAAAUGUGAUACAGAUAGCAAAGCGGGUGAAGGUGUUCGAGCUUUGUAGACUGUUGACCCAAGAUUCAUGGUGCGGCCUUCAGCAGACUACACCAGCUAAGCUAGCGUGCACCUUCUCCCGAACAUUUCUUGCAGGUUGCUCUGCUUUUGCCUAAAGAUUAAGGUUACAAAGCUUCCAUGGACAAUGACUUGUAUAGAGAGCUGCAAGUGCCAUGUGGGCUUCUGACUGGCAUUAAUUUUGAUAUUCUAAAUGAGAUAGAUACGGAAAAGUUAUCAGUCAUGGCAAUUGAUGCAGUCAGUGAGGUUACUCACCCUAAGUUGGGAAUACCAAAUCCAUCUUCCCAGUGCUCCACAUGUGGUGCCAAAGAUACAAAAAACUGCGAAGGUCACUUUGGAGUUAUCAGAUUUCCUUUCACAAUACUCCAUCCAUAUUUCUUGUCAGAGGUUGCACAUAUCUUAAACAAAAUUUGCCCAGGAUGUAAAUCCAUUCGGCAUGAUCGGAAGGGUGGUGAUUCAAAAUCUAGGCAUCAAUCUAAGGGCUGCAAAUAUUGUGUUGGAUCUUCAGUUGAUUGGUAUCCAACGAUGAAAUUUAGAGUUUCGUCUAAAGAUUUGUUUAGAAGGACUGCAAUUACAGCGGAGGUAAGUGAAAAGUUGCCAAAGAAGUUUCGCAAUAAGAAUCUCAGGGGUGUGCUGCCUGCUGACUAUUGGGAUUUUAUUCCAAAAGAUCCACAGCAACAAGAAAGUUCUUUGAAAUCAAACAAAAGAGUUUUAUCACAUGCUCAGGUUCAUUAUUUGCUGAAAGAUGUUGAUCCAAAGUUCAUUACAGAGUUUGUUUCAAGGAGAGACUCACUUUUUCUAAACUGUUCCCUUGUAACACCCAAUAGUCAUCGUGUGUCUGAGAUAACACAUGCAUUGUCUAAUGGGCAGCGAUUGGUCUUUGAUGAUCGCACCAGAGCUUACAGAAAGCUGGUUGAUUUUAGAGGGGCCGCUAAUGAGUUGGGUUCCCGAGUUUUGGAAACCCUAAAAAUUUCCAAGUUAAGCUCUGACAAGUCAUCAAGUAAAGAAUCUGCUACAAAUGUGUCUGGUUCAAAAUGGUUCAAAGAAGUUGUUCUUGGGAAGCGAACUGAUCAUUCGUUCCGCAUGGUUGUAGUUGGUGAUCCAAAGAUCAAGCUUGGUGAAAUUGGCAUACCCUGUUGUAUUGCAGAGAGGUUGCAAAUUUCUGAGCAUCUGAACUCAUGGAACUGGGAAAAGUUAAGUGAUUGCUGUAAUCUUCGUUUUCUUGAGAAGGGUGAGAUUUAUGUUCGCAGACAAGGUCGUCUGGUUCGCAUGCGUUGUAUGGAUAAAUUCCAGACAGGAGACACUAUAUAUAGACCUCUAAGCGAUGGAGAUGUUGUAUUGAUAAACAGGCCUCCAUCUAUUCAUCAACAUUCACUUAUUGCUUUAUCUGUUAAGAUCCUUCCAGUAAACUCGGUUGUUUCACUGAACCCCCUCUGUUGUCCCCCUUUACGUGGAGAUUUUGAUGGUGAUUGCCUUCAUGGUUAUAUUCCCCAAUCAUUUGAUUCCAGAGUUGAGCUUGGUGAACUUGUUGCUCUGAACAGGCAGUUAAUUAAUGGGCAGAGUGGUAGAAACUUGCUUUCACUUACUCAAGACAGUUUAACUGCUGCUCAUUUGGUGUUGGAAAAUGGGGUUCUCUUGAAUGUAUUCCACAUGCAGCAACUAGCAAUGUUUUGCCCACGCCAAUUACAAUUACCGGCCAUUGUUAAGGCACCUGCAACGAGUGGUUAUUUUUGGACUGGCAAGCAAUUAUUCAGCAUGCUCCUGCCUCCAGGUUUUGAUUAUUCUUUUCCAUCAAAUGAUGUUUAUAUUGGUGAAGGGGAGCUUUUAACUGCUUCUGAUGGAUCUGCAUGGUUACGUGACACUGUUGGUAGCAUCUUUUAUAGUCUUGUGAAACAUUGCAAAGAUGAAGCUCUUGACUUACUGCAUGCUGCCCAGAAUGUUCUCUGCGAGUGGUUGUCAAUGAGGGGCUUGAGUGUAUCAUUGUCCGACCUUUACCUUUCUUCUGAUUCGGACUCUCGACAAAAUAUGAUUGAUGAAGUCUGUUGUGGUUUGCAAGAAGCAGAUUGGGCAUGCAAUAUUAGACAGUUGAUGGUGGAUUCUUGUCUGGAUUUUCUCGUCGAUGCUGGUGAAGAGAAUCAAAAAGCAAUGCUUCUUGAUGUGGAGCGCUUGUGUCAUGAAAGGCAGAAGUCAGCUGCACUCAGUCAAGCUUCUGUUUGUGCUUUCAAACAAGUGUUUCGGGAUAUCCAGAGCCUCGUUUACCAAUAUGCAAGCAGGGAUAAUUCUUUAUUGGUCAUGCUUAAAUCUGGAAGCAAGGGUAAUUUGCUGAAAUUAGUUCAGCAUAGCAUGUGUGUUGGUCUGCAACAUUCUUUGGUUCCAUUAUCCUUCAGAAUGCCCCACCAUCUCUCUUGUGGAACAUGGAAUAAUCUGAAGGUACCUGCUGUAAGUGACAAGGUGCAUGAUACAGCUGAAUGUGCCCAGUCCUUCAUCCCAUAUGCUGUUGUUGAAAAUUCAUUUCUUACAGGAUUGAAUCCUCUGGAGUGUUUUGUUCAUUCAUUGACAUGUCGAGAUAGUUCUUUCAGUGACAAUGCUGAUGUUCCUGGGACACUGAGCAGGAGGCUUAUGUUUUUUAUGCGUGAUUUACAUGUUGCAUAUGAUGGAACAGUGAGAAAUGCUUAUGGGAAUCAACUUGUCCAGUUUUCUUAUGAUAUUUUAAGGGAUGCAUCUACUCCAAGCAGUAAUGGUAUUGAUGAAGCUUAUGUUGGGAGUGCUCAGGCUUGUGAUUCCAUGGCUGGCCAACCUGUUGGUUCCUUGUCUGCUUGUGCUAUAUCUGAAGCUGCAUAUAGUGCUUUGGAUCAGCCAAUUAGCACACUUGAAAUAUCACCAUUGCUAAACCUAAAGAAUGUUCUUGAGUGCGGUUUGAGAAAAUUUUCUGCUAAUCAAACAGCAUCCCUGUUUUUGUCCAAGAAACUUGGAAGAUGGAUAUAUGGUUUUGAGUAUGGAGCAUUGGAAGUAAAAAAUCAUUUGGAGAAACUACUCUUUUCAGACAUUGUUUCAACUGUAAUGAUAGUAUUCUCCCCUCAGACUUGUGACCGGACAAAUUUCAGUCCUUGGGUUUGCCAUUUUCAUGUGUGCAAGGAAAUUGUGAAGAGGAGAAGGCUAAAAGUUCACUCUAUUAUUGAUGCCCUUCAUAUGAAGUGUAGUUCCACCAGAGUAGAGUCUAAACUUAUUCUUCCUAACAUGCAGAUAACAAGCAAGGGCUGUUCUGAAGCUGAGACAGAUGGGGAAAAUGAUGGUACCUUUUGCAUUACCAUCGCAAUGGUUGAAAAUUCUUCCAAGAGUUACUGCAUACAGUUGGAAACUGUUAGAGACUUGUUGAUACCAGUACUUCUUGGGACAGUUGUAAAAGGUUUUGCGGAGAUCAAGAAGGUGGAAAUCUUAUGGAAUGACAGGCCACAAGUGCCAAAAUCUAAUAAAAGUUCUCUUGGUGAACUCUAUCUGCGGGUUUACAUGUCUGAGAACUGUGGUAGAUUGAAAUUAUGGAAUGUCCUUUUGAAUAAUUGUCUUAAAAUAGCGGAUAUGAUAGAUUGGGAGCGAAGUCAUCCUGAUGAUAUUCAUGGAGUCUUUUCCACAUAUGGAAUAGAUGCCGCAUGGAAAUGUUUUCUCACUAAUUUGAAGUCUGCGAUAUCUGAUGUCGGAAAAACUAUACUUCCUGAGCAUUUGCUUCUUGUUGCAAACUGUCUAUCGGCUUCAGGAGAGUUUGUUGGCUUAAAUUCGAAAGGGUUGGCACGGCAAAGAGAAGAAACAUGUGGCACUUCACCCUUUGUGCAAGCAUGCUUUUCUAGUCCUGGUGCUACCUUUAUCAAAGCUGCUAAGCUUGGACGAGUUGAUAACCUCCAGGGGAGCCUGGAUGCGUUGGCAUGGGGAAAGAUUCCUUCUACAGGCACUGGAGGACAAUUUGAUAUUUUGUAUUCUGGAAAGGGGCAUGAAAUUGCUAAACCAGAAGAUAUCUAUGACCUGUUAGGUAGACAAAUCAGUUCUGAGGAACAGAAUCUAAAGAACAAAGUACCUCAUGCUAACAACCAUAUCCUUGACAAAUGUGGCGUUCAGCCUAUGUUCAAGUAUGGUGGUUCAGUCUUAAAAGGACGUAAAAGUUUGGAGAAGAUAUCGAAAUCAGUGUUAAGAAGUUUUAUCUCACUGAAUGAUAUUCAGAGGCUGUCUCAUACAUUGAAGGGUAUAUUACACAAGUAUCCCAUCAAUCACAGCUUAAGUGAAAUGGAUAAGUCUACCUUAAUGAUGGCUUUAUAUUUUCAUCCUCAAAGAGAUGACAAAAUAGGAAUCGGAGCCCAGGACGUAAAGAUUGGAUACCACUCUGAGCAUCAAAAUGCCCGCUGCUUCUUAUUGGUAAGAACAGAUGGAACAGUUGAAGAUUUCUCAUACCACAAGUGCGUCCUUGGUGCUUUGGAGAUUAUUGCGCCUAGGAGGGCAAAAGGCUAUCAGUCAAAAUGCUUAAAAUUUGGUACGGUGUAGUAGAACUCAUGCAUGUACAUAUUGAGACUUUCAAGUGUGUACGGUGACUACCUCAUGGCACCAAUAGUGCCAUUUUUUGGACAUCUACAUAGCAGUGUAGAUUUACAAGUGAGACUGUGAAUUACCAAAGUUCAUUUUUGCUUGAAGUUUAGGGGAGCUCGAUCCGGGGCAGAUCCAACGUUGGUGGGAUUGGUGAACAGAUGAGCUGUAGCUAUUCCGAAGAAUUUUGCUGAUCUCUGAAAGUGGCUGUAGAUUUUUGUGGAGUGAUGGUUGUUAAAGUGUUACAUUUAUUUUUUGAAGCUGUACAUUAUCCACAGAAGCCAAGUUGUGCUCAGAAAGAAGGGGUCUACCUAAACAAUAAGAUGCAUUUUCUUUUUCUGGUAAACAAAGAUUCUGUAACUCUUUAAAAAUCUUUUGAAUCUAGUGUAGUCCAAUCCCCAUGCUUCUUUUUGCUGCUUCUACUAGAACUUGUUUGCCUUGUCAAAAUAGGCCAAGAAGCUCUAGUGGAAGCAGCAAAGAUAAGCUUGGAAGGGGCAAUUUCUUCUUCUCGAUGUUGUAUCAUUUAAUUUAAAUAUAAAAAAAUCUAGCAGUGGAAAAUUUCAUUUUCCAUACUGUGCCAAACUGAAAUGGCAACUUAUGCAAGGUUCAACCAUGCAAAUUUUGAUAUUAGUUCACUGCCACAUUUUACUUCAUCCUUAUUUUGAUAUGUUAACAAUAAUCCUUGUAAAGGCAUUUCUUUUU